AUUGACUGCCGGAAAGUCACAUUGUAUGUUCUAUCACAUCAACUGGUGGUCCUUGAGAGCAUCGGCUGACUUUGCACUAGAAACUCCCACAUACACUACAACGUCGAAAUCAUCACCGAAAUAACCUCACCAUGGUUAUGAAUCUUUUCAGUGGCUUUGCCGCCUCUGGCAUCCUCAUGAUUGUGCUCACUAUCGUCCGAGUUUGCACAAUCAUCACACUCGGCUCGGUCAUGACAUCCUGCUGGGUCCUUGCCAUCAAAAUCGACAUGAGCAAGCCUUGGUUCUUCUUCGAUGCCGCCUCGCUUGUCUUCAUGAGCGGCAUCUGCCUAUUUCUGGUGCUAUCUGAGCUGCCGUUUGGAAAGGCCUUCUUCAUGAACCACUGGCCUGCCUUCUCCGCUAGAUCUAGCUUGGGAUGGCUCGGCCUUGCGCUUGUCGCUAUUGGCUGCAACAUUUUGGGCAAGCUCAACAACUCCAACGUCGAGCGGAAAAACAUUGGCGGACCCUGGUACUCGCUGGUACUGGCAUCUGGAAUCCUCAGUCUCAUCAUGGGCGUGCUCAACCUCAUUGGCACCCUCGCCAGUAUCCCUAAGGGUGGUGCUCGCCAGGUUCGCUCAUGGGGCAACCAGGAGCCUAUUCCCGAUGAUCUCCCUUACCACAAGUCCAUUGACGAAGAAAAGUCUCCAAUCGUCAAGCCUCUCAAGAUCUUCAAGCUGUUCCGAGGCCGCAGUAAGAACUCCUUUGAUAUCCCAGGCCCUGAGCCAACUUCAGCUUACCGUUACCCCGAGUCUAAUGCAGCAUCGCGUGGCGGCAACCCCGCGAGUCAUCACUCCGGUCGACGGUCGAGCGAUGAUCUUGAGUUCAACCCGGUCUCUCCAACGGGACCUCCGCCGCCCAUGUCGCAGCACCCUGCAUUCGCCACCAACUAUGCUGAGAGCGUGUAUCCGGAUGAAGAGCCGUCUUGUUCCAAGUCCAGCAAGCUGGAGGUGCCGCCAAUGCCUCACCCUGCAGUGGUGGAUGAUGCUGCAUCGCUUGCGCCCCCGGGUGUCAAGCACAACCGGUAUUCCCUCUCAUCACUGAACCGGUGGAGUCGGCAGACCAGGAAAUAGACCUCUUUGCAUUCAAAUGGCGUUUGAAAGUAGGCAGGUUGCCACUGGUAUAUGGAGUCUGAUUUAGUACAUUGCGAAUACCAUGAAUUCAAGUUGAAUCACGUUCUCAUACGCCUCUGAAUCCCUCCAAAUGAAAUGAAUAGAUUUCUUUCGAUGUCUUGAAGUAAUAGUAAGGAGAAGGUAAGGUAGUACUGUAAUUGGUUCA